AUGUACUCUAAUGAGGAGGGAUCGUUCAACUUUAACAAUGCCAAUAUAUUCUCACCGGAUUCACCAAGUCCGGCAUUUGGAACGCCCGUGAUGUCUGGUCGCAGCACUCCAAUGGGCUUCCGUCGACGCCGCCCCUCACUCACACCUUACAAUCGAGAUAUCUUACACUCAUUGCCUGAUAUUGCUGGUACCAACAUCUCUGGCGGUAGUGGCAGUGGCAGUGGCAGUGGUGGCGGUGGAUACUCUAGCAGCAACAACAAAGACAUUGACGACAAAGACUACGAAGUCAUCAGACGACUAUUCCAGAUGCGAUCUGCAAGGUCAUCGCCCCAGACACCUGUAUUUAAACCUCAUCCUCAACAGAAAUCAUCAACCACUUCACCUUCCACAACCAAUAUUACAUCUCCAUCUCAACUUGUCAAACAAUCGAUGUCACCAGCGCCAACCUAUACACCUCAUCCUCACCGACGAUCCCAUCUUGGUAACAAGAAGUCCAGCAGCUCUGCACCAAGUUCACCUUUCACAAGUCAAACCAAAAGUGAUGGUGAUAGUGAUGGAAAUGGAGAAGGAAAUAGCAAUGACAAUGACGAUGGUGGCUCAAGCAGCUAUUCGAAUAAAUAG